AUGGCGAGCGACGGGGAGCGAGUAGAAGAAGCAGGGGAGGAAGAAGAAGAAGAAGAAUCGGCGACCGAGCUGCUGAGGGACCGAUUCCGACUCUGCACCAUCUCCAUAGCCGAGGCCGAAGCUAAGCAAAAUGGCAUGGAGGUUUCUCAGCCAAUCAUGGCGUGCAUCUCCGAUUUAGCUUUCAAAUAUGCCCAACAGUUGGCGAAAGAUCUUGAACUAUUUGCACAACAUGCUGGUCGCAAGUCUGUGAACAUGGAAGAUGUCAUACUUUCUGCACAUCGUAAUAAUCACUUGUCGGGGUUGCUGAGGUCGUUCAGCAAUAAUAUAAAAGCCAACGAACCUCAGUCAGAGAGGAAGAGGAAGAAGACUGCCAAAAGGGAAGACAAAGCUGUUGCAGAUGUGCUUCAUAUUGCUGAUUGA